GGAUGCAAAAUAUCCCUGCGGUGUUGAAUCAUGGGUACUGGGUUGUGCUCUGUAGCUGGGCCUGGGUCAUGUGAAACAUCCUCAGAUCCUUCCAGACUGGCAGCUUCUGAUGUACGGCGGAUUCAUCCGGACGUGUGCGGACUCGGGAGAAGAAGGGAAUCACUUCAUUAACCUCGGCAAGGUUGCAGAUACUGCUGUCGAGAUCGGUCAUUGCAUGUUUGCAUCUCAUUUGAUUAUAUAAAGGACAUCACCAGGUACAGGCGCAAAAUGAUGGUGCUUUAGAUGAAAUGAGUGACAAGUGAAACAGCUACAGUGGGGACCAGUUCAUUUUCCUUAGGAGUUUCUUGCUCAGAUCAGCAGAUCAGUUUUUGAGAGAUGGAGAUGCGGAAUGACACCAAUAACUCCCUGUCCCUUAAUGGGAACGUAUCUGUUCCUGAGAAGACGGUGUACGAGAUGUGCAGCCACAUGCCCGAGAUCAUCCUCUUCUACCUGGGCAUGCAGAUUAUUAACAUGUUCAUGGGAAUCCCAGCCAAUCUCAUGGUCCUGUGGUUGAUCCGCAGCAACCGGAGCGACUCGUCCACAUCGGACAUCUUCAUCUGGCACCUUGCCGUGCUGGACACGUUCUUCUGCCUCAUCCCGCCGCUGGAACUGGCCAACCUGCUGUACCUGACCACCAGCAGCACCUGGUACGUCCUUCGCUUCUUCUACGGCAUCAAGGACUCGUCGCCGCUCUUCCUGGCGUGCAUCUGCAUGGACCGCUACAUGGCCGUACGUCAUCCCAUCGUCUUCUCCAACCUGAAAGACCGGAGCCAUCGCCCCGUAUGCGCCGGCGUCGUGUGGUUCAUCACGCUGGUGUAUGCAGUGCUGAAGUGCCUAGGCUCCAUCCCCAACUUUGAUAAAGUGUUCACGAUCAUGAUCCUGGCCACGUUUGCGUUCAUGCUCUUCUGUAAUGUGUCCAUCCUGUUGGCGCUGGGACAAUCCGGUCCGGGCAGGGACGACAUGCAUCCGGUCAAAAAAAGAGCCUUUAAGAUGGUGCUUAUCAUUUUGGCCAUCAUAGUCUUUAACUACUUCCCUCCCGUAGCUCUCUUUCCAUUUCAGGCCUAUUUCUCUCCUGAUGUGUUUAAAUGUUAUAUCCAUUACAUAGCUUUCGGGUUCAUGGACAUCAGUAGCAGCAUUCAGCCCGUCCUGUACCUGUCCAAUAAGAGACCGCAAUGUCCAGCAUGGUGCUGCAAGUGCUGCAACACUAAAGACACCGAGACGGGGAAAACAACCGAGUCAUCCACGGUGACCACUACCAACGGAUAGAUGGCCCUUAAGGUGGAAAAAUAAAAAAUCACAUUUCACAUGUGAUCAAAAAAUUUUUCAUAUUUGAAAAACAAAAAAACUCACAUUUGCCAAAUUACUUUAAAAUUGAAGUAAUGAAUAUAAAGAAUUAUUCAUGUGAGAAAUAAUUGUGGAAAAUUUUGACUAACCUGAAUCAUAG